AGGUUGUGUUGGGUAGUGUAUAAAUCCCUACCGAGGACCGACCAAGUACAAAAGGGCGAAGGAAGCCGUGUAAGAAAUCCCCGUCGAUAGGCACUUGAAGGGGAGUGCACACGUUAGAGGAGCUCUCAUGGCCUGCAUUGCCUCUCUCUGUUAUCGAAUCCCGUUCUCUUUCGCUUCUCUCUGCAAUUCCUCUCUUUCCCCUAUUCGUCGAACCAAGAUCACUUUGUUUACAAGUUCUUUGAAUUUUAGUUUGAACUCGACCGUAGUUUGCUCUCGUUCUUUGACGGUGAGUAGCUUCACUUGGGAUGACGUUUUCCGAAUUUCCCAAGAGGAGGAUGCAUCAGAUGAUUCCUUGAACCUUCAAGGAUACUUCGAAAGGAUCAGUGCCUGCAAUCGUGGUUCCGAAAUGCAGUCUGAGUUCCUUCCUUUUGUUAUUGAAGAACGAAUCGUUGGAUAUAUCCAUAACGGCUUUGCAGACCAUCUCAGGAAGUUCAAUGAUGUGUUUGUUUUUGGGGAAGAAAAUUCGUACAGUAGCCAUUGUCGUGGCUAUGUCACUCUACAUCCAUUACUUGGAUCACCAGAGGAUAGAACAGGAGCAGUCGGAGAUGUAAUCAAAUGCUUGGGAGAAGGAUUGAUUCCAGGUAUACGAAAUGAGCUAUACCCUGUGAAAUCAUCAUUUGACAUGCCAAUAUUUUUCUCUUUAGAACGUGCAGCUGCUCCCUACUUUGGGAUAAAGGUCUGUUAUACCAGACAUAACAUGAUUCUUCUUCUUCACUUAUUAUGCUUAAUUUUUUCUUAAGAUCAUUUAUUGGAAUUAUCAAUUUUUCCUGAGAACACCUGUUGGAAUUAUGGUUGUUUGUCCCCCCCCGCCCCCUUUUCAGAUAGAUUAUUGGGAUUUUGGUUUAUUUUAAUGAAAAAAGACGAAUUUCAACAGAUUGAUCACCUUAUAUUUGAUAGAAAUUGAUCUUUGAGCAUUGAAUCUGAAGAUGGAAGAAUGCACAACUUUGGGUUUAUAGAGUGCAACUGGUUUCCAAAUAAUUUAAUGAUAAUGAGAAACUAACUAUUAUUCUGUCCAAAGUUAAAAUAUUAUCAUUUUCCUCUAGUUUAAGUCUGUAAACUGUUGGCUGAAACAAGGGGAAGAUCAUGAGCAUGUUACUUUGAGGAUCAUUG